AUGGCUUUCUCGAUGUCCGCGCUCGAUGUCGCCUUUGUUGGUCUCGCCGUCUGGCUUGCGAAGCAAUUGAUGGACCGCCGCAAGUCGUCACUCCCGCUUCCGCCUGGUCCUCCUGGUCUCCCUCUUAUCGGUAACGCGCUCGACUUGCCUCAAACUCAACCGCACAAGACGUUCAUCGAGUGGGGUCAGAAGUACGGUCCCAUCAUGCAUGUCAACGCCCUCGGACAGCCCAUCAUUAUCGUCAACGAUGUCAAGAUCGCGACCGACCUUCUGGACAAGAAGAGCGCUCUGUAUUCUGAUCGCCCAACUCUUCCGAUGGCCGGUGAACUCGUGGGGUGGGAGACCACGCUCGUCCUUCAGCACUACGACAGCCGCUUCAAGGAGUACCGCCGCUACCUUCACCGCUUCCUUGGCACGCGCGCCGGUCUUGAGCGUUAUCACGACCUCAUCGAGCGCGAGGCGCACAUCAUGGUCAGGCGCAUCAUGGCGGCGCCGAACGAUGUCAACGAGUGCAUUCGCAAGGCCGCCGGUUCAAUCAUCCUUAAGAUGACUUACGGCUACGACACGCGUGAGGAGAAGGAUCAGAUCGUCGAUAUCGUGAACCAGGCCACUACCGAGUUCGGAGACGUGACGGAGGCCGGCAAGAUCUGGAUGGUUGACAUUAUGCCCGUCCUCAAACGCCUUCCUUCUUGGUUCUCCUUCCAUCAACUCGCCAACGCCUACAAGAAGACCCUUGCCGCCAUGGCUGACGUCCCCUUUGACUGGGUGAAGGAGCAGCGGGCAGCUGGCACCGCCGAGCAUUCAUUUGUCUCGGACCUCAUUGACGCCUCCGAGGGCACUUCACAGGAGGAGUUCAACAUCAAAUGGGCUGCGGCAUCGAUGUACUCGGGUGGCGCGGACACCACCGUUGGCACCAUGUACACGUUCUUCCUCUGCAUGACCCUGUACCCCGAAGCGCAACGGAAAGCGCAGGCGGAGAUCGACGCUGUCAUCGGCUCGAACCGCCUUCCGACUCUCGCUGAUCGCGCAAGCUUGCCUUACGUCGAAGCGCUCGUAUCCGAGGUCCUCCGCUGGGGCCCGAUUGGCCCCGUCUGCAUUCCCCACCGCUUGAUGGAGGACGACGUCUACAACGGCUAUUUCAUCCCGAAGGGUUCGCUCGUCCUCGCCAACAUCUGGAACAUGCUCCACGACCCGGCCGUCUACGCGAACCCGCUCAACUUUGAGCCCGAACGCUUCAUCUCCUCGCCCGGGAAGCCCGCUGAGCAGGAUCCCCGCGUGUGCUGCUUCGGUUUCGGCCGCCGCGUGUGCCCGGGUAUGACACUUGCUGAGACGAGCGUGUGGCUGGAGACUGCAUGCGCACUUGCGACCCUCAACGUGUCCAAGUCGCGCGAUGCGUCUGGCGCCGAGAUUACGCCCAGCGGCCGCUACCUCGAUGGCACCAUUGCACACCCCGAGCCUUUCCAGUGCGACAUUAAGCCGCGCUCGGCACAGGCUGAGGCGCUCGUGCGCGACUAA